AUGAGUACCAGUCCAGAAACACCAAGUAACUAUCGUCUCGCCUGCCCACUUGUGCCAUUCCCCUCCACGUCUACCUCCAUCCCCAAAGCCUGUCUGAGCGGAGAAGUUAACCUGAGCCACCUUCGUUUUCACAUCAGAACCAAACACUUGUGCGACUGCCAACAAGACUGCGAGAGGGCUAUGCACUUCCCACCCGAUACCAUCGACUAUAUCCUUGAUAUACGGAAGAAGGACGGACAGUUGGAUGGUCCGGUGUGGACUGAGAUGCAUCGACGUGCUUAUCCAGAUGCUGUCCAAGUGCCUGCGCCGUUCCUCCCCACCGUUGUACAGGCUCUCGCAGUCGCCCGUAGCCCUACCCCGUACUUCAUACAGAGGUCAGUUCUUGCUUUUGCUAGCCAGGGCAACCUGGGCCAGCAGCAAGCGACUCGGGACCUGCGUACCGUUCUUAACUACCUGCCUGUCUUUUUCGACGUUCUCAGUAGGGAUGGCCACUUCCCCAAUGCCCAGCCAAGUUCUUCUUCACCCCUCAGUGACGAAGCUGCAUCACACUCCGCAAGACCUGCUGCAGACAACGUUUCUCUCCAAACCCUGACACUCGAAGCUGGCAACUCGGCCACCAGUAUACACAUGCUUGACGAGCAGGGGAUGGGCUUGGGGGAGUACCUUAACCACUUCGACAUGGAAUGGGCCAAUCACUUUGGUAACCUUAGUUAG